CUUGAUUUUGUAUCCAUAAGGCUGCAAGUGGAAGGACGGAUGUAUAAACGAGACCGAGAUCAGACAGUUUGACUGUACGCACUACGUCUGUCGUGUCUUCAAGAAGGGACAGUUCAGGCGCUCCGAGAUGGCCGUCUACAGUCAAGACUGCAAAGACAAGGACGGUAAUUGUAUUGCAGUGGGGAGUCAGGGCGAGGGAAAGAACUGUAACAACAUCAGGUGUGUGUCCAACAAUGGCAGAGCGGAGCUGAAGAACACCGCCAACGGAUGCUUUGACAAAAAUGAAUGCAGAAAAGAUGGUGGCAAUUGGACCAACCCCGGCAAUUGUGUAACCUAUGGGUGUCGGAUUUCAAACCAAAAUGGCCGAGUCAUACCCCAGAUAAAAAUCGUAGACGUAGGGUGUGCGGUGGGCGGGAUUUGGUGUGAGGUGGGCGGGGUGUGUUACCGGGGAGGAGAGAAGUGGGACUCGGGCUGUCUGGAGAGGCAGUGUGUGGUCAACAGGUCCAACAAGGGAUACUCUCGCUCUGUCUCAGCAAAACUACGAGGUUGUUCUGUGAAUAACAAGUGUCUAGAGAUUGGCUUCAAAGAAAUGAGGAGUGGGUGCCUCAACUACGGCUGUAUUCUGGACAAGACCUCAAAUCGACCUGCCUACAAACUGCUAAAGGGAGCUUGCAGAGACUUGGACGGGAAUUGCCGAGAAGUUGGCGAGGAGUGGGAUUAUUUGUACAAACCUAACAAAGUGUGUUUACGUCUGAAAUGCGCCUAUACUAAAGGGGUCUAUCGUAUCUCAACACAAAAACUUCUAUGUAAAGACAAGAACGAUAACUGUAGACAACAGGGGGAACGCGGGUUUCCGGCAGUGGUCGGAGGACGGACAUACAAUAACUGUGUAUGCAAGGCGUACGGAAUCCAGUCACGGCUAAACUGUUAUCCAUAGGAGUGUGCACAUUCAGAUGGAAUCAUUUUUUGACAAUCAUAAAUUUUAAAAAUUUUAAAAUUAGGAAACAACCUUAACUUGCGAUAUUGAAUGCUAGAAAUAGACCGAGGUUAAGAAUUGUCA